AUCGAAAGCUGCGAGGCGCGGGGUGUUCUGGGAAGCUUCUGAAGUGGCUGCCUUGCGUGGAGCCUUUGCGUUGCCCUCUCUUAGCCGAAGAGUCAGGCCGAAGUUCAAUGGAAGCGGCGUGGCGGCUGAUAACGACCCCGCCGCGCUUAUGGACGAGCAGCAGCAGCAGCCUUCUCGUCUCUACAGCUCGUCGGCUGUUCAGUACAAAAGUCCCUGGCUCAUUUCUGGUGAAAGAGCCUCCUCCUCCAAAAGUGGUUGACAGAUGGAAUGAGAAACGAGCACUCUUUGGUGUCUAUGAUAAUAUUGGAAUUCUGGGGGAUUUCAAGGCCCACCCCAAAAACCUGAUUGUGGGGCCGGUAUGGCUACGUGGAUGGAGGGGAAAUGAGCUGCAGAGAUGCAUUCGCAGAAAGAAGAUGGUGGGUGACCGAAUGUUUGUUGACGAUUACCAUAAUCUGAAUAAGAGGAUUAAAUUCUUGUACAAGCGAUAUAAUCGCUAUAAACUGUAUCGCUAAGAGAAGUUCUCCGUAACAUUUAUCCCCAAACAUUGUGGAUUACUGGACAAUAUUUAUUAGUGGCUCUAAUGCUCAGAAACUGAUGGUUUUGUGAAGCCAUCCAACAUCAUCCUUGUUGUGUUCCAUCUUUUGAAUUAUUUUCUAUUUCAAGUUAUUUUUCUUUCACUUAAUUGAAAUACUUCAGUGCUCCGAUAUGUCAUUUCUUAGAAGUAUCUUUCAAGCAAUUUUGAUUUCACAUGUACUUUAGAAUUAGUUACAUUAUAUGGUUAUUUGCCACCCUGGCUAACGUAUAAUUGCAAAUAAUAAAUUUCAUCGUUUUAUAUUGUAUUGCC